UCCACUGCAAAGUUCGUCUUCCUGGGGACUCUCUCUCUCUUUCUCUAUAAAAAUAUACACACACGCAUACAUAUAUGAUUAUCUUGCUUUUCGCAUUUGUAGACACAUAUAUUCUACUGCGUACAUCCAAAUUUCUCUGCUUUUUGUGCAUUCUUAAUUUUCUGUGCUAUAUUAGCUCACAUAUCUGUUCAUAGAUCACUCUCUUCUUCUUUGUGGGUUGUCAAUCAGCGUUUCCAUGAAAAGGGUCUUCAAUGUAUGAUGUAAUCUUGAAAUAGGUCUGUAUUUGUUCAGUUCUACAAAGUUUUAUUGAUACCCAUUUGCUCUAAAUUGUUCUAAAUCUCUUCUAAUAUUUAUUUUUCAAUAUGGGCUCUCCCUAAUUUUUCUGUUUCAAAUCUGUGAAAGUUGUACUUGUGGUCCUAUAUAGACAUCUGUGCCCAUCUUCUUUAGAAUGUAAGGUUUUAAUUGAAUUAUAGUGAUUUCAUUUGCUUGAAUGUGUUCUAAACCAUCUUAAAUUCAGUUUAAAAUAAUGGGUUUUGGUUAAAUUUUCAGUUUUUGCUAUCUAAAAUUUUUAAAGUUUAAGUUUGAAUUUUCUCAAUAAUUAGCAUGUAAGUUAGAGCUGAUGUGUUCUUUUUUAGGUGGAGUGUCUUCUAUUUAUUUGAUUUUAAGUGUCUUUCUAUUUUAUUAAUCUUGAUGGUCCCAAUUAACAAGGACUUCCAUUCCCUAGGUAUGGCUGAUUUUCAUUCCAUAUGGAAAUCAAAUAAAUAGAAGUUUGCAGGGUCUGAAUUAGCUUGAAAACUCCAUCUUUUUUUUUAAUAUAUAUUUAUUACUAAUUGAUUCUUUAGUUAUAUGUAGCAUUAUACUCAAGUUUAUUAAUUUACAAAAUCAUUGAAAUGUAAAAAUUCCCAAACAGUAUACAUUUUUGUUCAUAAACCCUUCAUUAGGGGUCAAUUAGACAAAAUUUAUAAGCCUUUUCCUUUAAUUUCCAUUGAUGAUCAAGUAUCCCUUGUCUUUCUGCCAUAUUUCCACACACUUUUGCUUAUGCUAAUAUAGUUAUCAUAUUACCGGCCUCUCGAGUUGCUUAAAAUCUGCAUCCAGUUUAGUCUAACCCGUAUCUCAUCUCAUCCUGAUCACUUGUUUGUCAAAUUAAACUAAAAAUUAAAAAAAAAUAAAAAAAUCUCAUUUAUCCUUUUCCACCAAACUCUUGGGUUAUCAUGGAAGAAACAUUUGUUCCCCUUCGUGGAAUCAAGAAUGAUCUCAGAGGAAGACUUUUGUGUUACAAGCAAGAUUGGGCUGGUGGAGUCCGUGCCGGAUUGAGGAUACUGGCUCCUACGACUUACAUUUUCUUUGCUUCAGCAAUUCCAGUUAUAUCGUUUGGGGAGCAACUCGAAAGAGAAACUAGUAAGGGGACAAUUAAAUGCAAGUGUCCUCUUGUUGUUACUUUUUGCAACUAUAGAUUUGCUAAGACAAGCUCUGUAACUGUAAAUGUCACAGAUGGAAGUUUAACUGCAGUGCAAACUCUUGCAUCAACCGCCAUUUGUGGUGUCAUACACUCGAUUGUUGGAGGACAGCCACUGCUUAUACUUGGAGUUGCAGAGCCAACUGUGUUGAUGUACACUUUCAUGUUCAACUUUGCGAAGGACCGAAAGGAUUUGGGGGAGAAACUGUUCUUAGCAUGGACAGGAUGGGUUUGUGUUUGGACUUCCCUUUUGCUAUUCCUGCUGGCCAUAUUGGGUGCAUCCUCUAUAAUCAAUAGGUUUACGCGUCUGGCUGGUGAACUCUUUGGUCUUCUAAUUGCAAUGCUCUUUAUGCAGCAGGCUAUUCGGGGAGUUGUAGAGGAGUUUGGCAUUCCCGAGAGAGAAAACACUAAUCAGACUGCACUUCUUCCUUCUUGGCGCUUUGGAAAUGGGAUGUUUGCAUUGGUUCUGUCCUUUGGCCUUUUGCUUACUGCAUUGAGGAGCCGUAAAGCUAGAUCCUGGUGUUAUGGGACAGGUUGGCUACGGGGAUUUAUUGCAGAUUAUGGCGUCCCACUAAUGGUGCUUGUGUGGACAGCUGCAUCUUACAUACCAGUUAACGAUGUCCCAAGAGGGAUACCUAGGCGGCUUUUCAGUCCAAAUCCCUGGUCUCGUCGUGCAUAUUCAAAUUGGACGGUCAUCAAUGAUAUGUUGAAUGUUCCUCCUCUAUAUAUCUUUGGAGCAUUUAUUCCUGCAACUAUGAUUGCAGUACUUUACUACUUUGAUCACAGUGUUGCAUCUCAACUUGCACAACAAAAGGAGUUCAAUCUGAAGAAACCAGCUUCAUAUCAUUACGACCUUUUUCUUUUGGGCUUCUUGGUCAUACUAUGCGGUCUCAUUGGCAUUCCUCCUUCCAAUGGGGUUAUUCCACAAUCUCCAAUGCAUACAAAAAGCUUAGCCAGCCUGAAACAUCAGAUUCUACGAAACAAGCUUGUAUCAACAGCUCAAACAAGUAUGAAAAAAAAUUCAAACCUGGCUCAGUUGUACCG